AUGAGCUUCCAAACGCGAAAAUGGGAUUUGAGUCACUUUGACAUUGGCAGAGAACUGGGAAAUGGAAGGUUCGGAACGGUGUUCUUGGCGCGGGAAAAUCAAUCCAUGUAUGUGGUCGCUCUAAAGGUGCUGAACAAGUCGGAAUUAUCCCAGGAUAUUCAACAUCAGGUCAGGAGGGAAGUAGAGAUUCAGUAUCAUUUGAGGUAUGUCGGUUUUAACUAUUUUUUGUUGGUUUAGGUGUCGGUUGAGGAAUAAAUAGGGACUCGAGUUGUGUUAUAUUCCAUAUUCCUUCCUCACUUUGAAGAGUUAUGUUGUUGCUUGAUACGUGUGUUAUCAUUAUAGGCAUCAGAACAUUGUCCGUCUUUUUGGUUACUUCUACGACGCCAAACGCCUUUAUCUAGUUCUGGAAUACGCGAACAAUGGAACAGUCUUCCACCAUCUCCGUCAGAUGUCCAAGUUUUCAGUGCCUCUCUCCUGCGCUCUUUUUCUUCAAUUAGCCGAUGCUGUUGCGUAUAUCCAUCGAAAUGGAGUGCUUCAUCGAGAUAUCAAACCAGAAAAUAUGUUGCUUAACCACAAGACCUUGAAGUUGGCAGAUUUUGGAUGGGCAUGUCAUGUGAAGUCUUCCAGGUGUGUUAUUUUCCAGUCGAGUUUCAUCUUGUAGACUAAUGACUUAUUGUGGAACGCCUGAUUAUUUGGCCCCUGAGAUGAUCAAGGUUGCCAAUGAACCUUAUGGAUUUGGGAUCGACAUCUGGGCAACAGGAAUAACCUUAUUUGAAUUCAUAACGGGCCGAACUCCUUUCAAGGGGAAGGAAAACUCUCCAAGGAACUCGAAUUUAUACAGAAACAUCUGUUCUCUUAACUACGAUGUACCAAAAACUUUUCCAAAAGAAGCUUGGGAAAUAAUUAAGAAUGUGAGUUGGCCAUAUAAUCAAUCCUUUAUUGAAUCCACUUUAGCUUCUAGCCAAAGAACCAAAUGAUCGAACAAACCCAGAGUCGUUGCUGGAACAUCCCUGGCUAAUCGAAGAGGCUAAGAAAGUCCGGGAUGAUGAAUUUCCCAGAAAACCCAGUGAAAAACAAAGCGUAAUCCAUUAA